AUGUCCACCAUGGGCGCCUCGGUGUACAUCACGGUGGAGCUGGCCAUCGCGGUGCUGGCCAUCGUGGGCAACGUGCUGGUGUGCUGGGCCGUGUCCGUCAACAGCAACCUGCAGAACGUCACCAACUACUUCGUGGUGUCGCUGGCGGCGGCCGACAUCGCCGUGGGGGUGCUGGCCAUCCCCUUUGCCAUCUCCAUCAGCACGGGCUUCUGUGCCGCCUGCCACGGCUGCCUCUUCAUCGCCUGCUUCGUGCUGGUCCUCACACAGAGCUCCAUCUUCAGCUUGCUGGCCAUCGCGAUUGACCGCUACAUCGCCAUCCGGAUCCCGCUCCGGUACAACGGCUUGGUGACGGGCGCACGUGCCAAGGGCAUCAUUGCGGUCUGCUGGGUGCUGUCCUUUGCCAUCGGCCUAACCCCGAUGCUGGGCAUGAACAGCUGUGGGCAGCCUCAGGAGAGCCGGAACCGCUCGCAGGCCUGCGGCGCGGGCCAGGUGGCCUGCCUCUUCGAGGACGUGGUCCCCAUGAACUACAUGGUGUACUUCAACUUCUUCGCCUGCGUGCUGCUGCCGCUGCUGCUCAUGCUGGCCGUCUACCUGCGCAUCUUCCUGGCGGCGCGGCGGCAGCUGAAGCAGAUGGACGGCCAGCCGGCGCCCGGCGAGCGCGCGCCGUCCACGCUGCAGAAGGAGGUGCACGCGGCCAAGUCGCUGGCCAUCAUCGUGGGGCUCUUCGCUCUCUGCUGGCUGCCGCUGCACGUCAUCAACUGCUUCACUUUCUUCUGCCCCGAGUGCGCCCACGCCCCGCCCUGGCUCAUGUACCUGACCAUCGUGCUGUCCCACACCAACUCCGUGGUCAACCCCUUCAUCUACGCCUACCGCAUCCGCGAGUUCCGCCAGACCUUCCGCAAAAUCAUCAGCAGCCACGUCCUGCGGCGCGGGGAUCCCCUCAAGGCGGGCGGCAGCAGCGCACGCGCCCUGGCGCCCCCCAGCGGCUCCAGCGACGGGGACGUCACCCUGCAUCUCAGCAGCCACGCCCCGGGCGUGUGGGCCAACGGCAGCGCCCCGCGGCCCGAGCGGAGGCCCAAUGGCUACACCCUGGGGCUGGUGAGUGGAGGGGGGGCCCUGGAGCGCCACGGGGACGCGGGCCACCCCGAGACGCACCUGCAGUCCCCCGGGCUGGCCCAGGAUGGAGCAGGCGUGUCCUGA